UCAUCCUAGGCCACCUCCCACACUGAGCUCUGCCUCAGACCCUCCCUUUCAACUCUUGCACUGGGUUUGCAUUCAGGUAUCCUCUUCUCAGCACUCUUCCGUGUUCCUCGUGCUUUUACUGUCAGCUUUCAGGCCUCAAAUCCAACCCUCCGUGUGCCUCAAACAAACCCAGCUAAGCACAACCCCGCUCCGCCUGCAGCGCCGGGGGCAGAGGGCAGCCCGCCGCCGCCCCACCCUUUGGACCCUCCUCGCUUCCCGUCCGCCUGAGGGGAGCGAGCGGCGCCGAGCCGCAGCCUCUCCCGGAGGAGGCGUUGGCGGGGCGCGAGCACUGAGGCACGCGGGCUGCUUCCUCCUACUCCUCCUCCCUAAGAUGGCGGCAGACUCCGCGGAGCAGUUCUGCGUGGCCGAGGAGCGGAGCGGUCACUGCGCCGUGGUGGACGGCAACUUUCUCUACGUGUGGGGGGGAUACGUGUCGAUUGAAGAAAAUGAAGUGUAUUUGCCUAAUGAUGAGCUCUGGAUCUAUGAAAUGGAUAGCGGGUUGUGGACGAUGCACCUAAUGGAAGGAGAGUUACCUACCUCCAUGUCAGGAAGCUGCGGAGCAAGCAUUAAUGGGAAGCUGUACAUUUUUGGUGGAUUUGAUGAUAAAGGAUACAGUAAUCGGCUGUAUUAUGUUAAUUUGCGAACAAAAAAUGGAACCUAUAGGUGGAAAAAAAUCACCAAUUUUAAAGGUCAACCUCCUACACCACGUGACAAGCUUUCCUGCUGGGUGUACAAGGACAGGCUAAUAUAUUUUGGGGGCUAUGGCUGUAGGAAGCAUAACGAGCUGAGUGAUUGCUUUGAUGUCCAUGAUGCAUUUUGGGAAGGACAGAUUUUCUGGGGAUGGCAUAAUGAUGUUCAUGUUUUUGAUACAAACACACAAACUUGGUCUCAACCCACAAUUAGAGGUGGAGAUCCACCUCAGCCUCGAGCAGCCCAUACAUGUGCUGUACUGGGAAAUAAAGGAUACAUCUUCGGAGGACGAGUGCUGCAAACGAGAAUGAAUGAUUUGCACUGCCUGAAUUUAGACACUUGGACCUGGUCUGGAAGAAUUAGUAUCAGUGGAGAGAAACCAAAGGAUCGAUCAUGGCACACCCUUACUCCGAUAGGAGAUGACAGACUCUUUCUUUUUGGUGGACUGAGUUCUGAUAAUGUUCCUUUAAGUGAUGGCUGGAUUCAUAGCAUUACAACAAACGGAUGGAAACAACUUACUCACCUGCCUAAGAGCAGGCCUAGACUGUGGCAUACAGCCUGCCUUGGAAAAGAAGGAGAAGUGAUGGUGUUUGGUGGAAGCAAAGACGACUUGCACUUCAUGGACACAGGCCACUGCAGUGACUUGCUGAUAUUUCAGACACAGCCCUACUCGCUUCUCAGGUUGUGCCUUGACUGCAUCGGUAAAAACGCGGCCCUAUUGCAAGAUCACAUCCCUUGCUUGCCAUCCAAACUCCUGCAGCAGGUGCUGAAGAAGAUCACCUUCUGGGCUGCAGUGAGCCACCGGCAGGAGAGGAAGGCGGAAACGGAGCGGCAGUGCCAGCUGAGCACCACCUGAACAGCACCCACAGAACCGCUCAGCGCUCCGGGUUCUGCACCGCGUCCGGCAAAGCCUUUUGUUAGGGAACUUUACUAAUGCUACAGAACAGCAGUACGUUCAGCUGAGUUUCUAAGUGAAGUUUGACAACGUGGAAAUCCUUCUCACGGAAAACGUUUGUUUUCCGCGCCAUAGGAAACGGAGAAAAAUUUAAUUUGUAUGUAUUGUUAACUUCUACUGUUGUGGUCUUAAUGAGGCAGCCCGUACAACUUGUUCUUUUUGAAGGUGACAUGCCAUCAAAUGUUUUCAGUUGACCAAAACGUGGCUUAAGUCAAAAAUCUUCCCGCACACGAGCCUUAGCGCGCCGGCCUGUCUGAAAAGCGAGCGGGACGCUGCCCUGGGGAGAGCCACGCGUGGCAAACACCACCGACCCCAGCACCCUGCCACAUGGCAGCCGGCCCCAGGGCAGAGCCCAGCGCUGCACCCAGGGUGGGAGUGGAUGAGCUGCAGCGGAGCCUGGACGGACACACACCCAGCAGGGCGCGGUGCGGCACACGGCUUUACGCUGCUGCUGCUGUCAGCAUCGAGUCCUUUCGGAGAUAGGUUGUCCGAUGUACUUGGAACGUGUCGAGUUUCUAUUUAAUUGUUGUUUAAAAAAAAAAAAAACCGUUUAUUUAUUGUUCAGAGAAGAGCGUCUGUAGUACUCGCUAUUUUUCUGUUUCGGAUACUUAGUUAACAGGAGCACAUUAAAAUUUUAUAGAGUUGAA